UUUGUUUGCAGUAGGGAGUUUCUGCUAGGGUCUGGAUUGGAGUUACACAGACCGGACCCUACGUGUAUGAUUGAGGACAAAACAGGAUUCCCCUUGCCUCAAAGAGUCUACAUGUCUAAUAUUUAGACAUGUUCAGCUUUGUGGAUAUCCGGUUAGGGCUGCUGCUCGCCGCAGCGGUCCUCAUGGUGAAAGGACAAGAAGAGGAAGAUAUCUCGUUCGGUAGCUGCACAUUGGAAGGUCAGAAUUACAACGACAAGGAUGUAUGGAAACCUGAGCCCUGUCAAAUCUGCGUCUGCGACAGCGGGACCAUCAUGUGCGACGAGGUGAUCUGCGAGGAUACAUCAGACUGUGCCAAUCCAGAGAUUCCCGAUGGAGAAUGCUGCCCCAUCUGCCCCGACGAAGAAGAAACGUCAGGUCCUGAGCCUCCCGUUGAUCCAUAUGGUCCCAUGGGUCCUGAUGGUCCAAAAGGAGACCCAGGUCCUCCAGGGCCUCCUGGCAGAGAUGGGACUCCCGGAGAGAACGGACUCCCUGGACCUCCUGGUCCUCCUGGAACCCCUGGCCUCGGCGGUGGAUCUUUCCUUUCCCAGAUGGCUUAUGGCAGUGAGAAAUCCAGCGGCCCUCCUGUUCCCGGACCACCAGGCCCUAUGGGUGCUCGUGGCCCCCCUGGAUCUGCAGGUUCACCUGGCCCUCAGGGAUUCACUGGCCCCCCGGGUGAGCCUGGAGAGUCUGGUUCUCCUGGUCCAAUGGGUUCUCGCGGUUCUCCCGGUCCUCCUGGAAAGAACGGAGAGGAUGGUGAAGCUGGCAAAGCAGGUCGCCCUGGUGAGCGUGGAGCUGCUGGGCCUCAGGGUGCUCGUGGAUUCCCAGGAACCCCUGGACUCCCUGGCAUCAAGGGACACAGAGGUUUCCCUGGUCUAGAUGGCGCUAAGGGAGACGCUGGCAUUGCUGGACCCAAGGGAGAGACUGGUUCAUCUGGUGAGAAUGGUACUCCUGGAGCUAUGGGUGCUCGUGGUUUGCCCGGUGAGAGAGGUCGCCCUGGACCCCCUGGCCCUUCUGGUGCUCGCGGUAAUGAUGGCAACACUGGCGCUGCCGGACCUCCCGGACCCACCGGCCCUGCUGGUGCUCCUGGUUUCCCUGGUGGUGCUGGUGCUAAGGGAGAAACUGGCGCUGCUGGAGGCCGUGGUUCAGAGGGACCCCAGGGAGCCCGUGGUGAGCCUGGUAACCCCGGACCCGCUGGUGCCGCCGGCCCUGCUGGAGCUCCUGGUAGUGAUGGUACUCCUGGUGGCAAAGGAUCUCCUGGUGCUGCUGGUAUUGCUGGCGCUCCUGGUUUCCCAGGUACCCGAGGACCCGCUGGACCCGCUGGCCCGUCUGGUGCUCCUGGCCCCAAGGGAAACAAUGGUGAUCCAGGUCUCCAAGGCCCUAAGGGAGAUGCCGGUCCUAAGGGAGAACCUGGCCCAGUCGGACCCCAAGGUCUCGCCGGACCUUCUGGUGAGGAAGGAAAGAGAGGAGCUCGUGGUGAGCCUGGUGGUGCAGGACCCGUCGGACCCCCUGGAGCCCGUGGGGCCCCUGGCAACCGUGGUCUGCCUGGUAGUGAUGGAGCACCUGGACCCGGGGGAGACCGCGGUGAGUCUGGCAACUCUGGUCCUCCUGGUCCCCCUGGUGCUCCUGGAGCUCCUGGUCCCAUGGGUCCAUCCGGAAAGAAUGGAGAUCGUGGAGAGGCUGGUCCUGCUGGAUCUGCUGGUCCUGCCGGUCCCGCUGGUGCUCGUGGUUCCCAGGGUCCAGCUGGUCCACGCGGAGACAAGGGUGAGGCUGGAGAGGCUGGAGAGAGAGGCAUGAAGGGACACCGCGGCUUCUCUGGAAUGGCUGGGACUCCUGGACCUCCUGGAUCUCCUGGUGACCAAGGACCUGCCGGACCCUCUGGCCCUGCUGGACCUCGUGGACCUUCUGGUUCCAAUGGAGCCCCUGGUAAGGAUGGCAUGAACGGUAUUCCUGGACCCGUUGGACCCCCUGGACCCCGUGGUCGCACUGGUGAAAUGGGACCUUCUGGUGCUCCUGGUACUCCUGGACCUCCUGGUCCUCCUGGACCUGCUGGCAUCGGUGAGCCCUUCCUUCCCAUGCCACAGGGCGAGAAGGGUCCAGAUCCACUUCGUGGAGGCUACAGAGCUGAUGAUGCCAACACUCAUGACCGUGAUGCUGAGGUGGACACCACCCUGAAAUCUCUGAGCCAGAAGAUUGAGAACAUCCGUAGCCCUGAAGGAACCCAGGCCAACCCUGCCCGCAUGUGCCGUGACCUGAGGAUGUGCCAUCCUGAAUGGAAGAGCGGAUCUUACUGGGUGGACCCCAACCAGGGCUCUCCUCUGGACGCCAUCAAGGUCUUCUGCAACAUGGAGACUGGCGAGACCUGCGUCAGCCCAUCUCAGACCACCAUUCCCAUGAAGAACUGGUACACUAGCAAGAACAUCAGAGAGAAGAAGCACGUUUGGUUCGGAGAGUCCAUGCCCAAUGGCUUCCAGUUCCAGUAUGGCAGCGAUGGCUCUGAUCCAGAGGAUGUUAACAUCCAGCUGACCUUCAUGCGCCUGAUGUCCAACGAGGCUUCUCAGAACAUCUCCUACCACUGCAAGAACAGCAUCGCCUACAUGGACGAGGCCACGGGCAACCUCAAGAAGGCUCUGCUCCUGCAGGGCUCCAACGACAUCGAGAUCAGAGCCGAGGGCAACAGCCGCUUUACAUACAGAGUCAGCGAGGAUGGCUGCACGUCACACACUGGCACAUGGGGCAAGACAGUCAUUGACUAUAAGACAACAAAAACAUCUCGUCUGCCAAUCAUUGAUAUCGCUCCUAUGGACAUUGGUGCUCCUGAUCAGGAAUUCGGUGUAGAAGUUGGCCCAGUCUGCUUCUUGUAAAAAAGAAAAAAUCUGGACAUGAUUUUGCUGUUUUUUUUUCUAGCAGUCAUCUUCAAAUCUUUUCCUGUUCAUUAAAAAAAAAAAACUCUAAUUCGGCUGCAAAUCGGUCCAUGUGCUUAAACCUGAAUCCUUGAAGACGGUGCUUGUUGCGAUUCCCAUCUUGAGAAACAUUCUUAAAACAAAAUCGAGGACCACUACGUUAGCCAGUAUCACCAUCAUGGACACUUCCUUUGCGUCAGCUGACAACAAGAAAAUAAUAUAUACCUGUAAAACGCCCCGCCCCCUGGAGUCCACAGAAAAACUACCACCUGGUGACUUUUUUUUGCCCACUGCAAAGGGACAAUGAAAAACAAGCAAAUGCUAAUGUACCAUUCUCUGGUGUUGAAUAAAUAUGACAAACGACAGCCAAGUGUCUUGUUCCUUCUAACUAAGAGUGAAACAUCACACAGGGAACAGAUUUAGCUCAAUGGUAUGAUGUCAUCUUGAUAUAAAGGCUACCUCAGGACAAAAAAAGUGCAUUUUUGGGGGGGAACGAGGGCAGUUUUGUUAUUCAGCGAUUAGUAACAGGUAUGAAAAGGUGCUACUUCCUCUCCAGGUCCUGUCUGUGGUAUGUUUGUAUUUGAGAGAAAACAAACGUAUUUUUAUACUGUCACUUACACUUGCAGGGCCUUUUUGGUGCUGAAUGUCAAUGUGAUGCAAUUGCUCUUAUCAAAGUGUCAGCGGAUGAGGAGAAUAAAACAGCUGGAUAGGUCGGUUACUGUAGAUUUGCACUUAAUCUGAUGUGGGUUAAGUAGAUGGACUGAUUCCCAUUUCCCCUUCCUGAAGUUUCUAGAGAAGUCUUAUUUUUGUCUGUACGUGCCGCUCCCCCCGUCUCCGGAUUUUAUUUCUACUUUCAAAAUGCAAUGCACAUCUUUUUUUUCUAUUUUAUUUUUGUUUGUUUGAUUUGUUUUCAGUGAAAGGUUUCUCACAAAAACGUAAAACGAGGCGGCAAAAAGAAAAGAGCACGGAAGAAAUAAACCCUCCAAUGGUUCCAACAAAGGAUCUGUACUUAUUUUGUACAUGUAUAGUAUUUCAAGAUGUUUUUAAUUAUUUUGGAUGUUGAAAUAAAGCAUGUUUAUGUGGUCAACUGGA